AGUGACUGACGGAGAGGGUCUGCAAAUACUAGGGGUUGACUCGAUCGUUAGCGUACUCCAUGAUGAGCUCCCCACAUCGAACCGCAUCAUCUCGCAUGAAACAUCCCUCGUUGAUAUCCACCUCCUCUUCUCUUUCCAGGCACGACAAUCGAGAGUCCUCAACCUCAUCCAUGCCAAAGAAACGAUUCACAUCUCAAUACUCAAAGCCUCCAAGUACCGUCCACCCAUCUCUAAACUCGAACGCGACGAGCUCCAGCUCGUCAAAUAACAACGAUGCUCAACCUACGGUGAACGACCUCAUCUCCUCCCUUCGCAGAUCCUCCAUCUCCUCCAAGCCUGCCGCGGCGACUGUCACUACACCCACUCUGCCACCGCAGAUCCGCCACCUGCUCUCGCAACCCGAAACUCCCGUUCCUCGCGCCAGGAACCGCAGAUUCGAUGCAAAUGGCAGACGUAUACCACCUGGCCCCGCGCCUCCUCGGAGCUGGUUAGAAGGUUCGCGAUAUGACCCAUUGGCUGGUAGAAGGUCGCAGGAGAGGAUUAUGCCAACGGACGCCAGGCAUUUGCCUGGCUUGCAAGAAGAGGAACGGAAGGGCCAGAGCUUACAGGAUACGUGCUUGAGGGAGAUGGCCAGGCACUGGGAAUAUGUGCGCGAGUACGAGAAGAAUAAUCUGGCGGACUUGCCGACUGGAAUGAGGAUGAAGCUUUUGAGCUAUAUUGCUGUGUAUGGACCAGAUGAAGGAGUUGGGAAUGAAGGGCUGAAAAAUAUCCUUACACUCCCACCACUCGAAGAUGCAGAAGUUCCGAAUUUCGAUCCAGGAGAGAAGAACGAAGGGUUCUUCCGAAUGGACCUUUCUGGAGCUAUAGGCAACUCAGUUACGUUCAAGCAACUUAUCGAACUGGUGCAAAGGCCAGCUCCUCCAGCUGAUAUCGAUACAGAGGAAUUGUCCUGGGAUGACACCUCACUGUCCCAAUCAUUAUCGGCACCAAUUCCAAAUCUAACUCAUCUUUCUCUGUCCCAUCCAGCAUUGACUGUCUCCUGGCCAAGAUUAAUUUCUUUCGCAAAACAUGUCCCGACCUUGACGCACCUCUCGUUGGCUUUCUGGCCAGUCCCAUCCCUCACACCAAAUGCUAAAACAGCAGUUAUCCAAUCCGCCCAUGGACAGGAAAUCCAAUACGGAGGCACGAACAUGUAUUCCCAUUCCCUAGACAACGACUUCUCCGAAGCAGCAGACGUCCUCCGCAGACUCGCUGAUCGCUUACACGGACUGGAAUACCUGGAUCUCACAGGUUGUACCUGCUGGCUUCGAGCUCUGCGUUGGAUGGGCGGCCAAACAGAAAGAUAUGUAGACUGGAGCACGCAAUGGACCAAACUCGGCACUCUCAAGACCCACAGCGGGAUCGAGUUGACCGAACAGAGCGAUUAUUGUGACGUGGCCCGCUUUGUCAUGGCUCAGAGAGAAUCUAGCAUCACCGAAGAGAUGCUGCGAUGGUGGAUGCGCCGGAACAAGACUCUUGGCCGACCUGUCAAUUGGAUCGAUGUCCAGAAAGAUGGUUGGGAAGUUUACAGGAAUCUGUGGCUUGGGGGUGGGAAGGAGGAUGAGAGAAAGAGGAAUGUGUUGGAGACUUUGAGCAACAGGGAUUUCCUGGAAGGGAUUCAGUGGACGAAGCCAUUUGUGCUGGAUCCGCUGGAAGAGAGGCAUGACGACGCUGUGGAGAGAAUGAGUGUUUGGGAUCAGUGAUGAGUUCAGCACUUGGCUCAUAACCUAACGCAUACUUCUUGGAUUUGACAUGCUCAGAUUCUCGACACAGAAGCAGAAGGUUUACUUGUUUGUCUGUCUUUUAGUAUCGCUUGCUUCGAGAGGGGAUUAGACAACAUCCAUUCACAAUACCAGAUAUCAAAGGAUGCCGACACAUUAUCCAAGUUGCAAGCAUUUGGAAGGCUCACCUCAUCCCAAACCUGUUACUCCCAAAAUUUAACACUUGCUUCCCUAUCCUCGUGCCCAAGUGAGAUUCCAGGUCACUUCAUCACUGUCCUCAUUAUUCAUCACUCUCAUCAUCCAUCAUCCUCUCUAGUAUCAAAUCAUCUAAUAGUUUCUCAUUCCUCAACCACCAUACUCCACUCCCUACACCUCACUCUACUCCAAUCCCAUCCGUCCAUCCUCCCUCUCAUCCUUUUCCCUCCCGGUUGCUCUUCCGAAUUAGCGCCCUUCCGUCCAUUUCCUCGUUACAUUGUACAACACAACACCAACAGAACACGGACACAACACGGACGGUAGAUCCUGGCAGGUAGGAUACAGGCAGAGUGUUGGGAAGAGGGAUGCAACGUACCAUCCGCUGCUGAUGUUUGUGUAUAGGUACCUAGGUACCUAGGUACUUGUAUAUAAUGCUGUGUGAUGUUUGUUGGCGUGCGGGUUGGAUGUCGGGACUGGGGUGGGAGGAGGUUG